AUGAGAACUUUACCAAAUAUCAUCAUCACAGGUACUCCUGGUGUAGGAAAGACGGUCCACUGCGACCAAGUUGCGCAAGAAACCGGGCUGCGACAUCUGUCAAUCAACCAGGUUGCUAAAGAUCGAGAUUGCUAUGACGGAUUUGACCAAGAGCGUCAGAGUUGGAUAGUCGAUGAAGACAAGUUGCUGGACGCCAUUGAGGAUGAGGUUCUCCAGGGAGGUUAUCUCAUCGACUGGCAUGCUUGCGAUCUCUUCCCUAAGUCUUGGAUCGAUCUUGUGGUGGUCUUACGGUGCCCUUCUACAUCUAUAUUAUAUGACCGUCUAUCAGCAAGGGGGUAUUCACAAACGAAAGUGGAAGAAAAUAUGGACGCCGAGAUAUUUGGAUUGCUUCUGGAGGAAGCAAAAGAAGCUUAUGAUGAAGAAAUCGUGAUUGAAUUAACGAGUGAAAACAGCGAAGAUAUAGAGAGCAACUGUGCUAGAAUCGCAGCCUGGGUAGAAGCAUGGAAGAAAUCUCGGGCCAAAUCCGCAGCAGAUUGA